UGAAGAGCUAUGGGAAAUCCGGCAUUAAGUUUACACACAUUUUUUUGCUUUCCACUUGCGCUGAAACUGAAAACUCAAAGAUUUUCUGUUAUCACCAUCUUAAUAACAGUACUCUAAUGAAGGUCAACACAGAAGAAGAGACAGUCUCAAUAUUAUACAAAAGAUACAGUAUAUGUUUAGAUGUAAUGAUAAGGAAGCGCUGAAAAACGUAAUAGCCGGUAGAAUCUGACACUAUUACUUUAAGACGAAGGAAAGAGACGCGCAUGUUUCGCUCCCUCUCUCGCGCUCAGGAAGUCACACGGAGGUGCCAUGGCUCUCACAUGACAGUCCUCAGUAUGGAAGGGGAGAUCAAUGAAGGGUCGGUGCCACCGUAUUACAGAGAAGUAUAUGAAGCCCUGUGCAGUAAGAAGGAUGAACGGGUGCAGGAGGAGGUUUUCCAGCGGCUGCUUAAUAAGACUGAACUUCCUGUCACAGUGCAAAGUCAGAUCGCGGAACAUGUGAAGUGUAUUGAUGGUUCCCUAACCAAGCUCUCCCUGUAUAAGGCCCUAGCCCUGAUAGCGCUGGCUCAGCAGGGGAAACAGCCAACUCUGAAACUGUUGGAAAACUACGUACAAGAAUUCCCUAAACCCCAGUUGGGCGAGCCACGAAACCUGCAGGCCUUGAGGGUGCGACUGGCUCAAGAGAGCCCUUUGAUGCUGUCGCUGACUCUGGCCAACCUGCUGGAGCAUGAUGUGGUUCAGUUAGAGAUCAUCCCUGAGAAGAAGGGCCUCUUCCUCAAGCAUGUGGAGUACCAGAUGACCAGUCAGCGAUUCAAGAUAUCAGUCUAUCGAAGAUACAGUGAUUUUGAUGUCUUCCACGAACUCCUGCUGCAGAGGUUUGCCUACAGAAUGGUACCGGCCCUUCCUCCUAAGAGGAUGCUGAAGGGAGUCCUGACGUCGACAUCAGAGCGGGAAUUUAUUGAGGGCCGGCGGCGGGCUCUGAACAGAUUCAUCAACCUGGUGGCGCGACACCCCUUGUUCUCAGAGGAUGAGAUGGUGAAGACUUUCUUGACAUUUAGUGGCUCGGAUAUUCAGAACAAACUGAGGGAAGUAUUUAAGAGGAUGGGGGAUGAGUUUUUGACAUACAGAUUUGCCAAACAAGCAAAGGAAUAUUUGCCAGGGGACAUCCAGGCCCAGUUCUCUGCCUGCAGGGAGCUGAUCAGGAACAUCUCCAGUAGCUUUCAGAAGCUACGGGACCUAGCAGAGCGGAUGGCCAUACGCUCCCACGAGAACGCUGCUGAUUUGCUAGCUUUUGGCAGAGAGCUCAGUAUUCUGGGCUCCGACACAGCUCCGGUUCCUGCCCUUGUCUCGGAAAAGAGCACGUGGGGGAACCUCCGGCAGUCUCUAAAGGGACUUUCUGUAGAGUUUACUCUCCUGUCAGACAAAGCUACCCAACAGGGACGAAGAGAGGAAGAUGAUGUUGUGGAAAAACUUAAUCUUUUCUUGGAUUUGUUGCAGUCUUAUAAAGAUCUGUGUGAUCGGCAUGAGAAGGGUGUCCUGCACGAGCACCAGCGUGCGCUUCACAAGUACAGUGUGAUGAAACGACAGGCCAUGACAGCUGCUGUGCAGCCAAAGGAACAGGCAUCCGUGGAGCAGUUGGAGUCACGCAUUAUACAGCAAGAGAAUGCCAUCCAGACCAUGGAGCUGAGGAACUACUUUUCCCUGUUCUGCCUCCACCAGGAGACGCAACUGCUCUUUAUCUACCUGCCAAUGACCUCACACAUCCUGAGUGCCUUCAUCACAUCACAAAUUCAGGGGCACAGAGAGAUGGGUGAAGUGUGGAAUGAUCUCCGCCCAAAGCUGAACUGCCUUUUUGGAAGUAACAAUGGCCUGCCUUCCCCUCACCCCACUCCAGAGCAGGGCAGCCUGAAGAAUCCCCCGGCCUUCUUCUCAAACUAGCCAAUGGUGCACAAACUUGUUUCGCCAUUAUUCCAGGGCAUGUAACAGUUUCUUGGAUUUGCAGACAGUUUGUGAGUUCUGCUUGUAUUUUGUUCAAUACUGAUAUCAGGGACUUCCACAUAAUUGGCAAAAUACAUUGAAGGCAAUAAUCAAUGUUAUUUUAGCAUGUAUAAUGUGUAAAUUUGUCUGUCAGUCAGUCUGUAUGAAGAUUGAGUUCUGUAUCCUUGAAGGAUGAUCAGUAGUAACCAAAUGAUGGAAAUGGUAGUUUAGACAUGCAUUACCGCUCGCUCUUACAGAGCACAAAAAUGAAUAUGCAAGUUACUACAGUUAAAGAAAAUGCUGGAAAAAGGGACAAGAUGAAUCCAUUUGGUCACAGGUAAAAGCAAAACCUUAAAUGUGAUGCUGUUUUUUUGUCUACAGAGCUGAAGGAAGUGAUGCUUGCUGGGAUGGAAACACAAUUUGUUUCACUCCAGUUGUAGAUAUGUUGAUGACACAUUUAGAUGAUACACUGCAACUCAUACUGUACAAGUGCCAUUUGGUUUCACCAUCACUAAAUCCUUUAGAUUGAAGGCCUCUGCAGGGCUUGUAGCUCAAUGAAUGGCAGACAAGACACACACUCCCAUAAUACCAGAGUUGUGAAUAAAGGAAUUUAAAAGAAUUACUCAUUUAUUAUAUAUGAUAGAUUAAGGAACAGUUAAUUUCAGUUUAACAGAUGCGCACUGUAUAAUGGACCAAUAAGUACAAUUGUAAAGUGCCAUUUAGUAAUUUCUUUAGGUCUUUUCAAGUGUUUUUUGUUCUCCUGUAUCUUUGCCAGUGAAAGUUUGAAAAGCUGAAGUACCUAAUUUGGAAGGGAUUUUCUUUUCAUUAUUUUGCCACACUACUUAAGUGCAUAUACUUUUUUCUUGUAAAUUCUAAAGCAAUGUCUGUUUCAGACCGUGAAAACGGCCAUCCUAUGGCAGGCUCCUAGGAAUCUGUUGUUAGCAUACAUAUGCUCACACUUCUUUUUUUUCCCCAAAUAACUUUCAUUAUUGUGUGUACAUAGGGGAGCUCAGAGGUGUACCAACGAAGUGCUAAUUAAUUUCAUGUGAAAGAUUGUGACCUCACAUUUUGUCACCAUAUUACCUGAAAAACUGGAAAUGUGUGUUAAAUAUUGCAAGCAAAUCCAAACCAUAUCUUUUCAGUAGAAAUGGCAAAAUGUCUAAAAUAUAUUUCUUAAAUUCAGAUGUAUGUGAGGAUGUAUUGCACAUUUAGUUAUACAUUUGCCCGUAUUUGUUUUGUAAAUUUUAACACACUUUAGCUAUAGUUGGAAGGCCCUCAGUAUGUAACUUACGUUAGUUACAUUGGUAAAAGUUUUUAAAAUGUUGCACUUCAGCUGUGAUGUGACUGCAUAAAUCUGUUUUGCUUAUCAGUUUCUAGUUAUUUUAUUUUAGUUCCAUCACCUUGGAAAUAAGUAAAAUUAUUUGCUUGCUUAUGCAACUAAGAAUUUGAUCACAAAUUAACAUUAGCCAUGAUUCAAUAACUGACUUUGAACUAAAUUUCAAUGGGUGUUCAAUUGGUUAUAUCCAGUGUUUGAAUUGUUGUAUGAAAGCUAAACCAUUGUGUAGUUAAAAUGAGUAAAACUAUUUUGAGAUUGUUUUAGGUGUUGAAUAUGAGAUAGAACUUUGUAUUUAAAUUGAGCUGUUUUUGUAGGUAUUUCUGUACCUCUUGGAAAUGAUUCCUUAAACUAUUAUGUGCCUCUUAGCUAAGUUUGUUAAAAUACAGUAUGUUGAAAAUCUUAUACUGCCACCCUGUGGCUGUUUUUGGUAAUGAAUAAAAAGACCAAAGAACGAUUGGACGGUACUACUUCUCUGUUGCUGAAUUGAUGCUUUUAUCCACUCGUUCACAGUAUUUGAUCUCUAUCAGUAUAUUCUCAAUGUAAUAAUUUAGUGCUCAAGCAUUCCACAGCAGCAUUGCGGAAACGCAAUUUGUCCAACUUACUCUCCACUGUUACUAAAUACCCAGAAUUGGCUGCUAUAAGGCAUCAGUCCGAAAAAGACAUUACAAAAGCUAUAGAUUUAGAUACAUUUCAUAUCUACUAACCUGUCGGCUUAUGUGGUACAAUUUCAAAUGGAAUCACACUGAAUUCAGGUCAGUAUAAAAUACAGCAGAGAUUUCAUUCUUUAGACCAAUAUUGACGCAAGACAAUAUGUGCUCUCUUCCUUUAGCCCAAUUUCCAGGUAAUGUAGGCAUCCCAGGGGGGCUAUUUUUUAUCUGGGUUUCAUUGAAAUAUUUGCUAAUUUUGGCACUUUUUUUUGGACUGAUACAUUGCUUAGUGUGGUUUGUUGGUCUGUAAUUAACUCUGUAUUCAACGAAGAACAGUUUUAUCUUGUCAUUCCCAAAAACUACAUUUCAAAAGAGUUUUUUUUUUGUUUUUUUAAGGCUGGAAAAGAUGUAAUAGUAAACAAAAAUUUAACAAUGUUUUCAACAAAGAAUAAAACCAUUGGAAUGAAUCAAAUUAUUUGAUAUGUACAGAUCAUAAACAGUUCUAACAAGCAAGAUAUACUACAGACAGAAUCUGCACUCAAGCUGUUAAAUGACCUAAACUCAUUUCUAUCUAGUUUUAAGGUGCCACAUAAUGUUAUCCUUUUUGCACAUGCUUAAGUGUAUGCAAUUUGUCAACUGCUACCAGAAUUUAAAAUCAAAUGCAAAACAAGUUCUAUAAACAGAAGAAGUAAACGACAUCAUAAAUGACCUAUUUUUGCCACCCCAAGACACUAUGCUGUAAAGUUAGUAACCAGCAAGUGAAGUGGAAUGGGUCAUCACACAUUUCUGACUCAGCCCAAAAGCUACCUGCCAGUGUUUGUAGGAGAUGGACUCCUCUUUGCAGAUUCUCUGAUUGGGGGGGGGGAUUUCACAGGGGGAUUUAUGAGCAGAUUACAGAGCAUUAACAGUUUAAUCAGGACUGC